AUGGCUUUUUCAACUAGAUCAGGUAUCUUCUUCUUCUUUGUAACAUUUCUUCUUUUCUCCACCCAAAUCAAUGCAAGAGACAUCUACUCCUUUGGAAAGUUCCAUAGAGAAGACCCAAAAGACCAAAACCCUAAUCUUGUCCCUGUUCAAACCAACGAGAAGAACGAGCAAGACGAUCAGAACCCUUCCUUUAUCCCCGAGAGCGAAAGUGGGUACGGCUUGUACGGUCACGAGACAACCUACAGCAACAAUGAAGAGUUGGAUAACAAAAGGUACGAUGAGAACGUUAACUACGACGACUCUUCUUUCUCCACCCCAAGCCUAACCCAAACCCAAGAAUCUUACAAAAACUACGGAGAGAACUAUCCUCAGACGACUUAUGACGAAAAUAACAAGGACACGAGCUACUACGAGAACUCCAAUGGUUACGGGAGAGAGAGAGAGGCGUACAAGGGUUAUAGCAAGAACGUAGAGAGACAAGGGAUGAGCGAUACGAGGUUCAUGGCCAAUGGUAAUUACUACUUUGAUCUUGACGAUGAUAGAAACCACGGCCGUUUCUACCAGAAGCAACAUUACAAUUACAAACCCACCGGUUACAACGAGAAGGAAUCCAGUUUCAAGAAUGCAUAUAAUUCCAAGAACAUGAUGAACCAACAGUCUGAGACGUUCGGAGAAGAGCAAGGAGAUCAGUUCACUCCAUGA